GGGCUAGAACUAUAAUGAUCCAUCCUUUUUUUUUUUUUGCAACUGCGUAGAAGUAAAUGCCUCAACAAAGCCUUUGCAACACAAACCCCCACAUAUCUACGCAAAUGAAAGUAGAUUGCGGUUAUGUAUAUCCGAGGGAAUUAAACACAACAUUCCAAGUGUCAAAUUGACAUAUUCUGAACUGAUCUAGGAUUGUUUCUCCGCGGCAACCCUUUUGGUUUGAUAACUGUGUAUCCGGAUGUAAGUUAUGUCACCCCUGAGAAAAAGAAAAGGAUGUCCCCUUAGUGGUAUGACUUGGGGAGAGCUAGCUUGCUGCCAACUUGAUUAUAUUUAGAAUAUGUCUUUGGGCUGCAAAAGGGGUUCGUUUGCUUCUACCUUUGCAACAACUGGUGUUCUUCUAUGAAGUAAAAUUACCAAGAAUAUAUCCACUUGAAAUAGAUAAUCUAUAUACCGAUUACUUUCAAGCUAAAUAGCUUGAACCAACAAUUAGAAUCAUAUUCAUAGCUCUAGUAAUGAACAAACUGAAAAUCACAUGGACUCAUCAGGAUUUAGCCCAAUAUUUAUGUUUGCAGCUUAGAAUUAAGCACGUAUGCAUUAUAUGCGGUGAUACCCCUAUUAAUAUGCUUAUUCAUUCCACCUACAAAAACAAUUGGUUACUGUAUUUUAUAUCUGAUGAAAAUGAAACAGUGACGGGGGGAAUUGGCCAGGGGGUUUCGAUACUAAAGUAGGAUUUUAUUUACUUGAACAUAUACUUCUUCUCUUCAGCUUGGUAAUUAGCUUUAUGGAGUAUACAAAGAGAUACAAAAAUUAAUGUGUGUUUUCAUAUGUACAUACUGGCAAGGUUUGUAAUGUUUGGUUUUCUUGCUUCGUGUAUUCUGCUAUUACAAUGAAAAAUAUCCAAUUUAGAAUUUUCUUGUAAUCAUAUUGAUACAGAAAAUAUAAUCCAUAAAUUUCCAAAGGUGGAACGGUUUGAAGAUCUUUUCGGGGAGAAGUUUGUAAUCAAGUUGCUAUUUCAACGAAAGGAUAUUAUGACGUAACAGUACGUUGAUAAAAUUUCUCCCUUUACCACUCUCCACGUUUUGUAAUUAAUUAAAUAUCUGAUUGUAUCAAGUAUUUCCAUAUAAGCUUGAUACGAAAUGGAAAGAGAGAACAUAAAAAAUAUGCAUGAAUAUACCUCUGACUGAAAGAUAUCAUAGUUGGAAUGUUAAUU